CAGCUACUGAGCCUGACAGCCGAUCCAGUGCAGCAUUCCCGUUUCCAAACGCACAGGAGCGCCGCUUUUUCCAUCGCGCUGCCCCAUCCAGACAUUUACACCGGUGGGAACACGCUGUUAAAAAACAAGCCCUCAAACAUGUCUGUGGGUAAUGACUUUGGAAACCCUUUAAGGAAAUUCAAACUCGUCUUUCUUGGAGAGCAAAGCGUGGGGAAGACUUCCCUGAUCACACGCUUCAUGUACGACAGCUUUGACAACACGUAUCAGGCGACAAUUGGAAUCGACUUCCUGUCAAAAACCAUGUAUUUGGAGGACAGAACGGUUCGGUUGCAGUUGUGGGACACGGCAGGCCAGGAACGUUUCAGGAGCCUCAUUCCGAGCUAUAUAAGAGACUCCACCGUAGCUGUGGUGGUGUACGACAUCACAAAUGUGAAUUCGUUCCAGCAAACUUCCAAAUGGAUCGAUGAUGUGAGAACGGAGAGAGGAAGUGAUGUCAUCAUCAUGCUGGUGGGCAAUAAAACAGAUCUGGCAGAUAAGAGGCAAAUCACGAUUGAAGAAGGCGAGCAGCGGGCCAAGGAGCUGAGUGUGAUGUUUAUCGAGACCAGUGCCAAGACAGGCUACAACGUCAAACAGCUGUUUCGACGUGUGGCAGCUGCCCUUCCAGGAAUGGAGAGCAUGCAGGAGACAAGCAAAGAAGGCAUGAUUGACAUUAAAUUGGACAAACCACAGGAGCCUCCAACUACUGAGGGCGGAUGUUCCUGUUAAUAACUCACAUCUAAUUUCCAGCAUCAUCUACACCACAUGCUUGUUGUGUUGCUUCCUCUUGGUUAGCUUCCAGUUGUGUUUUCAGAUUGGAUAUUUGGCCUUCCCAUCUGACUUUUAGUAACUGGUUGGAAUCAGUGUUACAUCAGUUUCAACUGUAAAAUAGUAUACUUUAGUAACAAAAUUGCCAAAAAUCCUAAAAAUUCGAAAAGUAAAGGGCAAAAAUCAACAAAAAUGUAGACUAUGUCCAACAUAUAUACUUUUUGAAAAUGUAGAGAGGUAGAUUUCUUUCUUUGUUUUGUAUUUUUGUAUACAAGGAUGAGCACUAAAACAGACAAAGUUCUAUGAUUUUGCCAUAAAAAGCAGGAUUUCGAAUGCAAGAGGGCAGUUCAGACAACAAACAACCCACAAAAUACGGCAAACAUGCAUGUUAGCCAUUUUUAAAAGUAUCAUCUCAAUCCAGCUGCGUACUGUGCACAAGAUUAUGUGAAUGCAUAUGUUCUCAAUGCACUUCAUGAAGUCAGCUUUUUUUAUUUUUAGCCUUUUUUUCUGUGACAGAACUUGAAAUUUUAAGUUCAGGCUAGGUCUUUGUUAAGCGAGCUUGUGUAAAUGUGUCAUUUCAGAUCCCUUUCCACAUUACGUGAUUUUUUUUAAAAAAAUCUGUUCGUGUACAGUUCAUGUCUUAAGUACACAGUUUGAAUGUUUACAGCAUAUUUUUCUUUCGAAUUUCCUGUUCACGAAGAAAGCAAACAGCUUGUGCAAACAACCUGAUAACAAGAAAGGAUUCUCUUUCUUCGGUGGAAUGUUUCUUAUUCUUUAACCUAGUUCGGGCUACGAAUUAAUAGGAAUGGGACAGAGGAGCAAAUCACGCAUCUAAACUUUUUCAUUCAUAUAUAAUUGACUGGAAUCAUUCGUUUGCACGCUAGCAUUUUCCACACUGAUUCAUCAAACUGUCCAAAUCUAUUGUAAUAUAUCAGCUGCCGUUUUCAAACAGGCUUUAAUAUCCGAAAUGCAAAGAUGGGACAUUCCUCCAAAAGUAACUAUAGUUCACUUUUAAGAAUUUAGCAUUAUGCAGCAUUAUAGUGUUUGCCUUGUGUAGGAACCCACUCAUGUCUACAGCUGCUCUUUGGGCCAGUAAAUUGUAGUGCACUGACCAGGGGGACACACAUUGUGUAGUAUAUCAGUUUCUUUGAAAUGUAUUUCAUGUGAAUCCUUAAUGCACUUUUUCAAGAAAGGAAGAUGUAAAUGUUUCAAAAUUGCUGUCAAACGUCUGUCCUUGAAACCACUUUAGAGUUUAAACUGUAGCGUACAUUUCUGUGAAAAUCUCUCGAGGCUUACUGUACAGAUAAACUAUUUGUAAAGUUGCUUCACAUAACGCCAGAUACGAGUCAGGACUAGUUAGUUGUGACAUUGAAGAAGGAGUAGAAGUAGGAGCACAUGACGUUAGCGCCCGAAGCCAAGCGAAAUGUUAAAAUGCCACUUCUUUCCUACUAAAUCCUUCAGCAUUUAGUUGGAAUGGAAGGAGAACUACACUGUAACUGAUAGACUCAUAUCCAGCACAGUAAAUCCCCAUAUGCUUUCUACUUUUGAAUAGUUUGGAAACGUAAAGGGAAUAUCCAGAUUUGUGCCAAUGCUUUCGCACACCACAGAGAGGUUCAGAAAGAUGUCACUUAACGUAAGCUGGAUGGGGGUAUUUAUUGGUUUUGUUUACAUUUUGUUUUCUUCACUUUAUUAUCUUCUGAAAUGAGGUUCUCGUUUAAAUUCAGUGGGGUGCAGAUACGCGCCGUGUGUGAAAUCAUCAUAUCAUCAGUGUACCUGUUCUACCGGUAGUCAUUGUGAUCGACACAACGCUACAUCAGCCUUGGGUGAAUGUCUGUGCGUGAGUUGAGUUAUGCUUUUAAGGGUGCAACCAUUCCCUGUGUAUAUGUUUUAGCUCAGUGGAGCCAGCCUGAUUGAUU